UAAAAGGUAGACAUAACUUAAAGCUAUAGAUUCACCUAUCCUAAUUCAGUAUCUAGCUACCCCGCAUGAACCGGCUAAUAUAUAACCCAUGGCAAUUCAUGACGAUGACAAAGCGUAUGAGAUCUCACCAACAAACCUCGGGUGAAGAUAUGGGGUGAGCGCACCAUCGUCCCUUGCUAAUUGACUCAUUCCCCGGGAAACUUUCCAAAGGGUGUGGUUCAAAAUGGUGGCUAAGAAGACAGUUAUCGCGUUUGACCUAUACGGGACGCUACUAUCCACCGAGUCGAUAGCUCACGAGCUAGCUAAGAUCUACGAUGAAGAUAAAGCUAAACAAUUGGCUGCCUUAUGGCGGCGGUACCAGCUGGAAUAUACGUGGCGGAUUAAUAGCAUGGGCGAAUAUAAGUCAUUCAGCGAGAUAACGCGCAACGCUUUGGGCCACGCGGUAGCAGAGCAUGGGUUGACACUCUCGGCGAAAGACGCGGAUACCCUUAUGAAGUCGUAUGACGCAUUGCAUGUUUUCCCCGACAUUCCCUCUGCGUUGCAGCUCUUGGAAAAUAAUAAAGAUUCGGUGGAUGCCUACGUCUUUUCUAAUGGCACUGAUGAGAUGGUUGGGAACUCGAUCAAAACCUCGCCGGAAUUGGGACCUCACGCAGAGAGGUUCAAAUCGUUAAUUACAGUUGACAGCUUAAAGUGUUUCAAACCGGAUAGGAGAGUGUAUGAUCAUCUAGUCGAACAAGUUGGAAAACAGGGGAGAGCAAGCGAUGUUUGGGUUGUAAGCGCCAACCCGUUCGAUAUUGUCGGUUCAAGGGCAGCAGGACUAAAAGCAGCAUUUAUCGACCGAAUUGGUAAAGGUUGGAUAGACCGGCUAGAUGAAAAGCGCGCACCUGUAGUCGUAGCAUCGGGAGUUGAUGAAGCAAUCGCCUCAAUCCUGAAGGAUUAGUGUAUUAGACUAUAUACCUAGAGCAUUUACACGAUCUUAUGGAAGCUCUCAAAGAGCUUGAUGAUCUCCUCGGCGAAUAGUUCCGCGUCACCUGGAUACCGAGCACUGAUGUAAUUAUACUGCUCAUCUUCAACGGUAAACCUAGAAGUAUAUAGUGAGCGAAGGAGAUUUGGCUAUAAUACAAUCGUAGCCUUAAAAUUAAGCGGUGAAAAAUAACUUACGGGCCGGGGUUUAAGCUGGCCUUGAACUGAGCUGGGUCGGUAAGGACCUUUUUAAUCUAUGAAUUGGUUUAGUUAGAUACUUACGUCGACGUCGUUUUGCGGAGGCGCAGCUUUCAUACCGAUUGCUCAACAUCUUCGCUUC